ACCGCCUAACACCACUCCAUCUCCAACAAACCCCCAUCUCGUCGUCUAACCGACCCCCUUCUUGGCCACUCGUACUCCUCCUUCUUGUGUCUAGACUCUCACCUACACGCACGCACGCAGCACAACUCGUGCAACACACCCUAGACGCCGUUAGAUCAGCACAUCGUCCCUUGCACUCAACACAGACCUACGCCCCCAUCGCAUCCCAUCACACACCCGCACAAUGACCACACCCCCCAAGGGCCCAGGUGGCCUCGGCGCCCCGCCAGGUGCCCCCUCGCAGCCUCGCAACGUAUCGACUGCGACCGUCCGCCCCGGCGUGCAGCAGACGGGCUCGUCGUCGUCGGCCGCUGCGGCCCCGGCGCCCAGCUCGUUUGUCAACACGCCACCGGUGCCGCAGAUCCCCAUCAGACCACCACGUGCCUCGUUCUCUUCCACGUCGAGACGCCCCUCGAUGGCGGCGGGAGCAGCCGCCGAGGGAGGUGAUAGCAACGGCCUCGGAACACGCACCGCCGUCUCCGCCCGUAGCACCUCAAGCGCACUUACUGCCUCCCGCGGCCCGACCCCCAACCCUGCCACCACGGGUGACGACGACAAUCCGUUCGACGAGAGCGAGGCCGGCGCCUCGACACCCGCUGCUGGCGAGUCUGCAUUCUCCAACAUCAACGAGGUGCCCGACGAGGAGAAGGCGCGCGUCCUCCGUCGUCACCUCAUGACGGCCGACGAGCGUGGAUCCAAGUCGAGUACCCCCGCCCGCCGCGUUAGCCCCGCGGGCUCGCCUGGUGGGGGGAGCAUCGCUCCAUCUGACCCACCGGGGGAAAGCUCCGUCUCGGCCUAUGGUAGCACGUCAAGGCGCGACGACGAUGCGUUCCCCAUCCCGUAUGACGCACCUGGCAUGGACGUCACCCACGACCUUUACAAGUGGCAGAAUGACCACCGUCCCCGCCCUGGUCGCUCGGCGUCGUUCUCACACGCUGACCGCAGCGACAUUGUUGACCCGACCAUGCAGCAUAUCAAGGAACCGGGAGGAUUCCGCCGCAACUUCGUGUCUGCCCGCGCCGCCGAACGGGGAGACGAGGCGCCCCCAAUGGUCCGCAACGUCAUCGACUUCCUCUACCUGUACGGCCACUUUGCUGGUGAAGACCUCGAUGAGGACGAGGAUUUGGAAGACGAGGAUGAAGAAGCGGCUGCUGAGCAAGCCGCCGCCGAGGAGGGUCGCAGGCGCCUGGGCUCCUCUCGCGGCGGCUCCCCUGGUCCUGGCACGCGCGCCGCCAACGAACGGUCGCCUUUGCUCAAGAGGUCGCUUAGCCAUGGAAGGCAGAAGCGCCAGAAGAGCACGCCGGGUCAGGGUACUGCUACUGUCACGCAGGCGUGGCUGAUGCUGCUCAAGGGAUUCGUCGGUACAGGCAUCCUCUUCAUGGCCAAGGCCUUUUACAAUGGAGGCAUGGUCUUCUCAACAGUUGUUCUCCUCGCCAUUGCAGCCAUCUCUCUGUGGUCGUUCCUUCUCCUCGUCGACACCUACCUCAAGGUCCCAAUGUCGUUUGGUGAUAUGGGUGGUCACCUGUACGGCAAGUACAUGCGCAUCAGCAUCCUCACCUCCAUUGCCGUGUCUCAAAUCGGAUUCGUUGCAGGUCAGCUCCCAUUCAAAGUCAAGCCAGAGCCUUCUAACGCAAACUCAGCCUACACCAUCUUUGUCGCUGAGAACCUUCAAGCGUUCGUGCUCGCUGUCACUGACUGCAAGACAUUCAUCUCCACGCGAGACUUGAUCUUUGCUCAGCUACUCCUCUUCCUCCCUCUCUCCAUGAUCCGCAACCUUGCAAAGCUGUCGUUUACAGCUCUGGUGGCAGACGCUUUCAUCCUGCUCGGCCUUCUCUACAUUGGCGGCACGGAAAUCUCAGUCAUAGCCAAGAAUGGCCUUCCUCCACCCGAUGUCGCUGCCUUCAACCCCAAGGACUUUCCCUUGCUCAUCGGCACCGCCGUGUUUGCUUUCGAGGGUAUUGGCCUUGUCAUUCCCAUUGCAGAGUCCAUGAAGGAGCCCAAGAAGAUUCACGGCGCGUUAACCGGCGUCAUGAUCAUUGUGGCUACACUCUUCACGACCUUUGGUGUCCUGGGUUACGCGGCGUAUGGCAGCAAGGUUCAAACAGUUGUCAUCGUCAAUCUGCCACAGGAGGAGCACUUUGUGCAAGGCGUGCAGUUCCUCUAUUCUCUCGCAAUCCUUCUAUCCAUCCCCCUACAGCUGUUCCCUGCCGUCCGUAUCAUGGAGACUGGGCUCUUCUCUCGGAGCGGCAAGCACAACCCAAAGGUCAAGUGGCAGAAGAACAUUUUCCGCGCUGGGACUGUCAUCUUCUGCUCCCUCUUGUCAUGGGCGGGGUCGUCUGAGCUGGACAAGUUUGUGUCCCUCAUCGGCGCUUUCGCUUGCAUUCCCCUCUGCUUCAUUUACCCUCCCAUGCUUCACCUCAGGGGAUGUGCCACCACUCGUCGACAGAAGCUACUCGACUGUCUCCUCAUCGCCUUUGGGUUCAUUGUUGGCGUCUACACCACCAUCCAAACUCUCCGCAGUCUUUUCGCUCCAGGUGGUGGUGAAGCUCCCAGGCUUGGUAAGUGUGAAGUGCCGAACGUAGGAUGAGCAUUGUGAAUGGGCCGGUGUAGUGUAGUGGCCUCUGCGACGUCCAUGAACCCGACAGGGCCAUUCAGACUUGCUGUAUAUCGACGUUACAGGGAGACGUGGUUCUGUGUCCGACGCUCAGUGCAUGUGCGAGCGGGUGUAGUACCAAACAUGGAAUAGCAUGACGACGUAGAUUGGCAUCAUGCAGACCGUCGGGGG